AUGGCUGGAUUCAAGCACAGAUACAUCGUUGUGAAGAUAGAUUACAGACAUACAAAUCGUCGGGAAAGUACGCAUUUAGAUGCUGCGCUGGCUCAAGGAAUUAAAAAUCUGCUCUACAACUCAAUCAAAACUAAUUUUGGCGAGUACGUCCUUGGAAUGAUAGAUUGUUUUGAGGUAGUUGAGCGAUACGACUGCCUUGGUAUUGUAAUUAUUAGAUGCAAUCUUUCUAUUCAUAAGUAUGUUUGCUACACAAUAUGUUCGAUGGGUAAAGUUAGUGAAGCUGAAGUGAGAUUUAGCAUUUUGGCGGUUAGCGGAAUUCUCAGAAAAGCCAAAAAGAGGUUAUUAGAGAUUGAAAACAGACUGAGUGCAAAUAAGUAA